AUGGAGAUAAGUGCGUUCAGAUUGGCAUUACCUCUUGAUGUUUUGAGAAUGGUUAAAUCGACUAUUGUACCCACAAUGACCACAACGAGUGGCGAAAAUGACGAUCGCGAAGAUACUUUUAUCGCUAAUCCGUGGGCAUGGGAAAGAAAGUUGCUUUUUCAUUAUGCCGGUCAAGAAACGGUCCUCGCUGAGAGAAUGAAUUUUAUCGAGACUUGUAAGCAAAAGUCUCAUGAGUCCAUUGCUGAGUUUGAGUCUCGAUGCAAAUACCAUGGGUCUAAAUGCGAAUACAACAAAAUGAGAAACCCUAAACAGGAACUUAUUCGGGACAGAUUUGUAACUGGAAUCCAUAAUGAUUUACUUCUCUAUCAUUGUCCAAUUAGAGUAACAAGUUUAAGCGUGUUCCUUUUGAAGUUGAUACUGCAGCAACUUGUAACACAAUGCCACUUGAUAUGUAUUUAAAAUUUGGUUCUGUAAAUGCCUUGAAGCCCACAAGGUCAACAUUAUUUUCGUACUGUGGCAAUCCGAUUAAGCCAUUAGGAACAGUUAGUAAUACUUUGUUAUGUGAAGCACCAAAGAAAUUUGAAUUCAUUACAUUUCAAGUUGUUGAUAAUAAGGAUAUAAAAUUAAGUCAGCUUUGCUUGGUGCUGCAGACUCCAUCAAGCUAGAACUUAUCAAGUAUGAUAAAUCCAGAGUUCAUAUGAGUAACCAAAAUAAGACGGCUGUAGCCACUGAUAUUGGCUGUUCUGUAAACAAUGAUGACAACUGUUUCAUGUCCUCUGACUCGAAAGGAAAUCUUGCCAAAGAUGAAUUUUUUGCAAACCAUUCUAAAUCGUUUUCUGGCUUUGGAAAUUUGGGGAAGCCUGUUUCAUUUGUACUUGAUCCUAAAGUUCACCCUGUGCAUGCACCCAUACAUCGGAUCCCUGUCGCCAAACGUGAUCGAGUAAAAAAGAAAUUAGAUGAGAUGGUUGCAGCUAAAGAAGAGCCCACUGAUUGGUGUUCCAAUAUGACUGUUGUAGAGACAGUGAAAGAAAAUGGCGAAGUGAAAACUAGACUUUAUCUUGAUCCCAGUCAGACGGUUAACAAAGCCAUUGUUAGACCUAAAUACACAAUUCCAACUUUAGAAGAACUUCUGCCUAAACUAAGCCCAAAAACAUAUAAAUGUUUUACUAUAAUUGAUGCAUUGGAAGGUUUCACCCAAGUACAACUGGAUGAAAAGUCAAAUUUCACAAACACAAUGCAAACCCCUUAGGGACGCUAUAGGUGGCUUCGUUUGCCUUAUGGUAUCAGAGGCGCCGGAAUAUCGAUAAUUGGGGGGGGGUCAGAUAUUCAUAUAUUCGCGUUCCGCCCAAUUAAUUUCUUUUGAUAUCGAUUGUUUUUACAGUCUGUGGACACGAAUAUAUGAAUAUCUGCCCCCGCAAUUAUCGAUAUUCUGGCGCCUCUGUAUGGUAUAUCUUCUGCACUAGAAGAAAUACAUGAAGCAUUAGAUAGUUUAGAAGUGGUUUUCAACAUCGCAGACGAUGUUCUGACAUAUGGUCUUGGGAGUUCUCCAGAAGAAGCUGAGGCUGCUCAUGAUAAACACCUCAAUUAUUUUAUGAAGAGAGUUUUAGAAAGGAACCUGAAGCUUAAUCCUAGUAAAGUUCUUGGCAUGGUCAAUUAUUUGCAUACCUUUUGCUCCGCAUUGUCAGAUGUAGUUCAUCCUCUGCAGAAUUUGAUCAAAUCUGACAUACAAUUUGUAUGGUCAGAAGUACACGACAAGGCAUUUAACAAAGCUAAGGAAUUGAUUGCAAAUGCACCCUGUCUGGCGUACUUUGAUCCCAGUAAACUUGUUGUGUUUCAAGUUGAUGCGUCGGAAACUGAUCUUGGUGGAGCAAUGCUUCAACCCACAGCUCAAGGCAAGCUUUAA